AUGUGGAGUUUUCAGUCCUCUGUCACCCUGGGAGCAGACCUGGAAUCACAGGACAACGGGCAGUGUGACAGCCUCUGUACAGGACAGCAGAGCCUCCCAUUCCCAGACACCCAGGGUUUUAUUUCAGGCUCCUGGACCUUGGGCUACCCGCCAACCGCAGGGAGGCCCGAGUCCCGCGACAGCCACUUCCCACCGGCUUCAACCAGGCCCUCCCCUCUCUCGAAAUGCCAUGUCCUGGCACGGCAGCUGCGUGACUACCAGGAGCUGAUGAACAUCAAACUGGCCCUGGACAUCGAGAUCGCCACCUACCGCAAGCUACUGGAGGGCGAGGAGAGCCGGCUGGAGUCUGGGAUGCAGAACAUGGGUAUCCACACGAAGACCACCAGCAGCUAUGCAGGUGGUCUGAGCUCUGCCUAUGGGGACCUCACAAGCCCCGGCCUCAGCUACGGCCUGGGCUCCAGCUUUGGCUCUGGUGCGGGCUCCACCUUCAGCCGCACCAGCUCCACCAAGGCCGUGGUUGUGAAGAAGAUUGAGACCCGCGAUGGGAGGCUGGUGUCCGAGUCCUCUGACGUCCUGCCCAAGUGAACAGCUGCAACAACCCCUCCCAGCCUGCCCCUCCUGAGGCUGCCCCAGAGCCCGGGAGGGAGGCUGCUGUGCAGGGGAGCACAGGGAACGGGAGACCCACCCGAUGCUCAGCCCUAGCCCUCAGCUCACCUGUGGGGAAUUUACUGCCUGGGGAACCCCCUUGCCCAUGCCUCCAGCUGCAAAACAAUUCAAUUGGCUUUUU